AUUCGACCUGCGUCUGUGGGGUUUUGUGGGAGUGAUAUACAUGAAUACCUUCACGGACCUGCUACAGUCCCGUGCACGCCACAUCCUGUCACCGGGGGACAGAUGCCUGUUACACUGGGGCAUGAAUUCAGUGGGACGAUCAUGGAGGUUGGGGAGGGCGUGACGAGAGUGAAAGUUGGAGAUCGGGUGGCUGGGAAGCCGAACUUGUAUGAUGGAGGGUGUGCGACUUGUUUGGGGGGUUGGGCCAAUUGUUGUAAGAAUUUGGAGUUUGUGGGGUAUAGUGGCAGUGCCGGGGGCUUGUCGGAUUAUGUCGUGCUUAAGGAGGAACAGGCUAUUCGGUUGCCCGAGGGGUUCCCGUUGGAUUUAGGGACACUUGUUGAACCGUUGACCGUGGCAUGGCAUGUGGUCAAUCGUUGCUCCGUGCAGGAUGUCCGUACGGCGCUGGUGGUUGGUGCCGGGCCUAUUGGGCUUGCUGUACUGCCGGUUCUCAAGGCCCGUGGCAUGGCAUCCGUCAUCGUGGUGGAAGUCUCGCCGCAGCGGAGGGCACUCGCCAGCACCUUGGGUGCUACGCAUGUCCUUGACCCUCGAACGGACGAUGUGGUAGCAAAAGUACAUGCGAUGACUGGCGAUGCCGGCGCCGAUAUGGCCUUUGAAUGCUCUGCGCUGCAGGCUGGACUGGAUACCGCCGUUCACGGAAUCCGAGCACGGGGCACAGUGACAAUUGUGUCUCUGUAUGGGGAGAAACCGGUGAUAGAUGCGCUGGACGUGGUUCUGCGAGAAAAGCGUGUGGUUGGCGCGGUGGUAUACGAGGAUGGGGAUUUUGAAGCGGUGAUCGAAGCUAUCUGGUCGGGUCAACUGAAUCCUCGACCCCUGAUCACCAGCAAGAUCCGCAUGGAAGACGGAGUGGAAAAGGCCAUCAAGGCUUUGAUCGGCGGGCGGGACAAGGAGGUCAAAAUCUUAGUCGAUAUCAGCUUGUAG